UCUUCUCAGCUACUGAAAUGAGCUGCUGAUGAAGGAAAAACGAGUUAACCUAACAGAUGAUACGUUCAUUGUGAAUCUCAGAGAUGUGUGUGUGUAUUGUGCUUAUUUUCCAACAAUCAUUUGCCAAGCAAGCGUGAAGCAGGUCGGUUCGUUUUAUCGUCGCUGGGCUGAUUUUCCGGAUACUCGGUUGAUUCCGGAACUGUGGAACAAGGAACGGUCGGUUUGGUCUAUUGCUGUAUGCUUCGGAAGUUCAAAAAAGGAACAGUACCCACUAAAUUUCCCAGAAACUUUCAAUCGGAAUCUUGUUUGUGAGUGAAACAUAAUGGAAGCAUAUCAUAAAACUUUGAAAUGUUGUAACAAUAUGGUUCUGGUGAAAAAAGUUAAAACACUCAAUUGUGGCGCCCAGUCGAUAAUAAACUGCUAGGAAAAUUUUGUAGUCGUGGUUUUUCCAGCGUAAUACCAAUUUGAACAUUUUCUCAAGAUAACAUAUUUUAUUGAUUUUUAAAUCCAUUUUCUCGCAUACACAGACAAACUCCACAGGCUGUUUUGCGUCAAAAUACACAUACGGCACUCGGCUGGAAAACCGUCUGUAUCGCAUCAACAAUUUUAUUGGUCCUACACGCUUAACAACUGGGAGUAAUUCGUAGUGAAAGCGCGUAACACAGUAGUGUGCGAUUUACUGAAGAAGCACUGUGCUAAGUCCCAGGUACAAUAGUGGUGAUGAUGUUUAUUCCGAAAUGGUGUUACAUCUCGGCAGGGUUGAUUGCAUGUUGCCUGGUGGUGACAAUUCAUAGUUCGUCUGAUGCUCAUCCAAACAGAGUAUUCACGAGUUCAUUCCUCGUGCGGUUCAAACGCCACGUCGAUCAUGCCCAGGCUCACGACAUCGCUGAACGUAAUGGAUUCGUCAACCUAGGAAUGCUUCCCGGUAGCGCUGGUCGUGAAUAUCACUUCAAACAUUCCACCUUACCGCAUGCUCGAACACGACGCAGUUUAACGCACGCCAGGGUAUUGAAGAAAGAGCGAUUGAUAAACACAGCAAUUCAACAGCAAGGGUUCAAACGAGUUAAACGAGGCUUACGACCGGCUAUUCCUGCCGUUUACGUUCCCGACAAAUCGGAUCCGAAUGUAGGAAAAGCUCCAACAGAUCCGUAUUUCCCACUGCAGUGGUAUUUGCGGAAUACCGGUCAGAACGGAGGAAAACCGCGUCUCGAUUUGAACGUUCAGGCAGCUUGGGAUCAAGGGAUUACCGGAAAAAAUGUCACUACAGCCAUCAUGGACGACGGGGUGGACUACAUGCACCCGGAUUUGAAGUUCAACUACAAUGCGGAGGCGAGUUACGACUUCAGCAGUAACGAUCAAUUUCCGUACCCUCGAUAUACCGAUGAUUGGUUUAACAGCCAUGGUACACGUUGUGCUGGAGAGGUGGCCGCUGCUCGUGACAAUGGAAUAUGUGGGGUUGGAGUAGCAUACGAUUCCAAGAUAGCUGGAAUACGGAUGCUGGAUCAACCUUAUAUGACUGAUCUUAUCGAAGCCAAUUCCAUGGGACAUGAGCCGCAUAAAAUUCACAUCUACAGCGCUUCCUGGGGACCCACAGAUGAUGGAAAGACGGUCGAUGGUCCAAGAAAUGCUACAAUGCGAGCCAUAGUCCAGGGUGUGAAUGAAGGUCGCAACGGAUUGGGAAAUAUCUACGUUUGGGCGUCUGGUGAUGGUGGAGAAGAGGAUGACUGCAAUUGUGACGGAUAUGCUGCCUCCAUGUGGACGAUCUCAAUCAAUAGUGCCAUCAACGAUGGUCAAAAUGCGCAUUAUGAUGAAAGCUGUAGUUCUACAUUGGCCAGCACUUUUAGCAACGGUGCCAAAGAUCCCAACACAGGAGUGGCCACAACCGAUCUGUACGGAAAAUGCACAACCACCCAUUCCGGAACCAGCGCAGCAGCUCCAGAGGCAGCAGGAGUGUUUGCCCUGGCACUGGAAGCAAACCCAUCUCUAACAUGGCGUGAUGUUCAACACCUAACGGUUCUCACAUCGAAGCGAAAUUCAUUGUUCGAUGCCAAAAAUCGUUUCCACUGGACGAUGAACGGUGUGGGACUCGAAUUUAAUCAUCUAUUCGGAUUUGGUGUUCUGGACGCAGGGGCUAUUGUUUCAUUGGCCAAAAAAUGGCGCACCGUUCCUCCUCGAUAUCAUUGUGAAGCAGGAGCAAUCUUAACACCGCACUCCAUUUCGUCGGUGGGAUCUUUGGUCUUGCGCAUAAAUACCGAUGCAUGUAAAGAUACUGACACCGAGGUGCGUUACUUGGAACACGUCCAAGCUGUUAUUACUGCAAAUGCAACGCGCAGAGGUGAUUUGGAACUGUUUGUGACCUCUCCUAUGGGAACCAGAUCGAUGAUAUUGAGCCGUCGAGCAAACGAUGACGAUCACCGGGAUGGCUUCACCAAGUGGCCAUUCAUGACGACCCAUACCUGGGGAGAGUACCCGCAAGGAACGUGGCUUCUUGAGGCCACGUUCAACUCCAAGGAACCGCGGACGGGUUGGCUGAAGGAGUUUUCACUGGUCCUGCACGGCACCAAGGAUCCGCCCUACCGGAUGCUAUCUCCAGCUUCUCCGCACUCGAAAUUGGCGAUCGUCAAGAAAGCACAUGAAGAUCAGGAUAAAAUGUAAAUGCAGCACACACUCAUUGAAGAUGAAGUUAAGACGAUAUGUAUGUAGAUGAUGAUGAUGAUUUAUUAGUACCCACAAACAAACAAAUAAAAAAAUGAAGAAAAGUUUGAGCUUCUCAAAGUUAUAAAUAUAUGAUACAGAGUAUGCAAGCUAAAACGGGUGUUGUUGUUGGGUGCUCUAGCGUUUAUUUUUCUACAUUUGUGUUUCUCUGGUCAAACAAAAAAAAAACCAGCAUAUUAAGAGCUCAAUCAUUCCUGAACAAGAAAAUACGAUUAUAGAAUCAAAAUAUAAAUGCAUAAUGAUAGAACGAAUUGUAUUCAGUCUGCCAACUUUGAAGCACUAUUUGGUACUCUUUUUUUUCAACAUUCAGGGAUCUCGUCAUGAAGAAAAGCAUUGAAUGCACUAUUUUAAUCCAUGGUGGCUCAAAGUUCCGUUAGAAUUGCAUUGGCUUUUUUUUGUUUUGUUUUUUUAAUAGAGAAAAAUUGGGACGCAGUUACAUAUGUCUCAGUUAUAGAACUCGUAGAAAAGAAAACACUUAAGGAAUGUACCAUUUUUAGUAUUCCAAAAACCCUCAAAGAAGAGUAUAUCAAUUCAAGCUACCAGUCUAGCUUAAUUUGAUAUAUUGGAACAGACCGAAAAAGUUUUUUUUUCUGAUUUCUGUAUAAUUUUGUGGAAGGUCUUUUUUUACGCGGUUUGAUUUUGCUCAGUUUUAUUAACUCGGCUUCUUUUUACGCGUUUUUUUUGCCAUGGAUAUGAUUCUUCUACACGGCUCUCGCGAACAACACGUUUUUUGAGCGAAAGAAUUAUAUAAUAUAUAUAAUAUAAAGUCCUAUACGUUACCGACGGCAUUCAUACCGCGUAAAAAAAACCUUAGUGUACUUUUUGUUGAAAUAAGAUUGUAAUGUAUUUAAAACGUUCUCAUCAAGAAUUUGUUUUAACAAAUUGUAUUUCAAGACAACAUGAUAAUCGGAAAAUUUCUGCAGAAACAGAUUUGUAAAGUUGCGAUUAUUUAUUUUAUGAUCCUAUCAAGUGUCAAGAAAGAUAUCAAACACUUUGUAAUUUGAUUGUUUACUAUCGCUUUUUAUGGAAAAAAAAAUCAUAUUUCCAGUUUUGUUAAAAUUGUUAGUUCAAACAUGCUGAUCACAUGUCCACAUGAUAGAAAAUGAACUGUUAAUCAUUGCAAUGAAUCACAUACCAGAUAAUCGAAGGUUCGAAUUUCGUUUCAAAAGUCAAGUUCUCAAAUCUUCUGAUGAUGUUCGUAUACGUAAGUAUAUUAUUCCUGCAUUCAUUACCUAAAAUCCAAACACUGUUUUGCUGAAGGAAGUUUAUUUUCGCUCAAAAAAAAAAAAAAAAAAAAAAACAAGCACACAAAAAACUGUAACGCAACACAUUCACACGUAUUCUGAAAAACAAACAAAAUAAAAAAAAAUAUUGAUAGAAAUGUCGAUAUCUGUAGAGAAUCAAAUAAUUUGCAAUGUUUUGAAAUUUGGCUUUAAUAACACAAAACAUACACAUAUACAUACAUACUUUAAACGCUGUGCUACUACACACUGCUUGUGUUUUUGGGGGGCCAAACAUUCGUUAGACAUUCUUACAUUCUUACACUCUAUCUCUUCCUUUUUUUCGGUUUUUACAACACUAUCGUCAUAGAAUAUUCUUUAACAAUACAAACAAAAUUAGAGAAUUAGAGUCUGGUUAUGUUUAUCAUGAGAGUAAAAAUAAAUUGAUGUACAUUUUAUUACAACAAAACCAUAAAUAAAGUUAUAAAUGAAUAAAAAUUAAUUGAUAUGAAAAUUCUAAGCCAA